GCCGGACCGUGCGUGCGUAAUAAUCACCUGUCACAUUAAGAACAUCUUGAUUCUCUGUGGAAGGACAGAUUUUGACCGUUUUUUGCCACCAGAGUCACACUUUCCAAACUGUCCUUUUUCUGUCUCUGGUGUGAGAGGGGAUCCCGAAAGGCAACGAUGACGCAUAUAUUGCCUAUGGAUGGAGGUGGAUGCAGCUCGGGCAACACCAUUGGAAAAAUCUUCGGAAACCCUCUAUUUCCUAGGGGUGUGACGUCUGGGUUUCAGCCCGUAUCAGUGUUGAAGGCUCCCGUCAAGGCAUUCCGAGGCCAUGUGUUCCUGGAGAGAAUGCUGUCUGCCUCGUCACAUGGCCGUCAACGGAGACAAGCAGGCCACACCAACCGCUGGCAGCUGCACCACCCCCUUGGCAGUGACCUGCUGGGGCAAGCACAAGUUGAGAGAACCAUGAGAGUGGGCAUCAACACAUCACUCAGGACCAUAAGGACAGCUGACUCUCCACAGCCCUGCACUCAUGAUGAGCCCCCCCUGCCACGGCUUACCCUCCUAGCGAGCACCAGCCUGCCCAGAAGCCCCAGACACUGUGUGCCAGGUUAUCCCAGCAAGGCUACUCCAGAGGAUCUGUUCUACCUCCUGUCCCGCAGUGUUGUCCAUUACAACCAACCAGACGUGGUGUUGGAGUGCCUGGGAAGCCAGUGGGAGCUGCACUGCGCUAAUCUCACCAAAUCAGGCACCCUGAGCGACCUCUACAUGUCAACCAGACAGCAGAGGGCAACGGGCCUUCAGGACAGAGCAGGCAGUGGUAAGAGUGGGAGAGACAAGUCACACAGCCGACCAGGUAGCAGCAACUCCAGCAGAGACAAACAGAAUGGGAAGAAACCCACAGGCCCCCUGGUCCUCCAACUCUCUGUGAAAGACGCCACCAUCACCAAAGAGGCCCUCUCCUUUGCCCUCAGGACCCUCUAUAACCCAGAGGCAUGUCCUGAACACUGGGGAGAGGGGGUGCUCUCUACCGCUGCCCUGCUGGGCCUGCCACACCUUUUCCAGAGGUGCCUAACAGAGAUGAUAAAUAAGAUCAGCUCCUCCACUGUUUGUAUCUUUCAUCGCAUGUCCUGCAAGUUUAAGGAAACCAGUCUUCAGAGAGCGUGUGAGCGAUGGCUGGAGCUUUACCUGGUGACUGAGUUGACAUGUUUCAUCUACCUAAGAGACUUGCCCUUUGAACUCCUCCACAAGACCCUAAGCUCACCCAGGGUCUUUGCUGACUGUGAGUACCAGCUCCUGAAGACAGUGCUGUACUGGGUGUUCCUACAGUUCAACCCUGCAGCUCAGAUCCUUCCCUCCCAUAGGAUCAUUAUGACCUUCUUCUCCAGUUGGCCGAGGGCUGGCGUCUUCUUGGAACAGCCUGUGGGACAGAGGUUCACCGUUCUAUUCCGGGCCCUUCGCUUACAUGGCGUCACUCAACGAGCCCAUCUAGAGGAGAUGCAGCAGAUCCAUGUCUUUCCUCAGUCCUGGCUGCUCCUCAUCUUCUCCAAGCACUACUACACUCUCCACAGUGGAGGAGACAUGCAAGUAACAGAUUUCUCACAACAAGCAGUGCGCUUUGGCAUGGUCAUUGAGAGGGAGCCUCAGUACUGCACGCAAACCAUUGGACUUUAUGGCUUCUACUUCCUGCUUAAAGCAGCCAGCAUGGGAGAGCCGGACUCACAUGGCUUCUCUCUGCAGAGACUGAGACACUGGGACCCUGCCAUGUCUGUGCGGGCGUGUGACAGGCACCCUUUCAGUAUGAUGACAGAGCGGGCCGUGUCCUAUCAGAUCAACGUGCAGGCCCAAAUGCACGGCCAGUGGCAGGAGUUCAACAGUGGUCCCAUCAGCCAGGAGUUUGGCCUGAGUAAGCGCACCUGCAAGAGCCAGGUGUUUAAAGUGAGGGGCCUCAGCUUGCCCAUCUUCGUGACCUUCGCCCUGGCCUUCCCUGCAGUCUGAUCCCCUGCCAGAGUGUCUCCAUGGUACCACAUGUAAACAUCACACUUCUUAUCUGAUUAAAAGUAUCCAGAUGUAUCCAGGUGGACUUGUCUUAGUGGGGUAGCCUUGAUAGAAAAGAAGCUAGUCUCUGAAGUGGCUAUCUGUUAGGCACGCAGCCUGUUUUAACCCAAGCCAAACUCAACGCUCUGCCCGUUGACCAAAGCAGGUAAAAGAGCGGUCUGGGACGUUUGCUUCUUCCAGUGAGACAGGUUGUGACACUCUGGCUCCGGGACUUUUAUAUUUGAGCCAGGGUGUAUUUGUUUUGUUGGGUUUUGGUUUGG